AUGCCGGCUAUGAAGGGACUGCUCGCGCCUCAAAACACGUUUCUGGACACUAUCGCGACGCGUUUUGACGGCACACGCCAGAUCAGUCGAGUGCAGAAAAGCAUUCUGAUCCAAUCCAGCUCCGUUACUCCACCCGGGUCUGGUCCCGGUACCCUCCCUGACUCCGUCUCGUCUGGCCCCUGUCACGGCAGGUUCUGGUUUGCAAAAGUAGGUUUCAGAAGUUUCGAUUUGAAGAUGUAUGUAUUUAAGAUCUCAACGAUAUCGGUGGUGCACCUGCUGAAGACGGUGCGUUUGCUGCGCUUGCUGCGUCUGCUGCAGAAGAUGGACCGGUACUCCCACCACAGCACCGUGGUGCUGACCCUGCUCAUGGCCAUGUUCGGCAUGCUGGCCCACUGGAUGGCCUGCAUCUGGUACGUCAUCGGCAAGAAGGAGUUCAGCGACAAGAACUGGGACAUCGGCUGGCUGCACGAGCUGGGGAAGCGGCUGCAGUCUCCGUACGGCGCGGGCGUUGCCGGGGGCAACAGCACGGCGACCCCGUCGCUACGCAGCGUCUACAUCACCUCGCUGUACUUCACCCUGAGCAGCCUCACCAGCGUGGGCUUCGGCAACGUCUCCGCCAACACCGACGCCGAGAAGAUCUUCUCCAUCUGCACCAUGCUCAUCGGAGCGCUGAUGCAUGCGCUGGUGUUUGGUAAUGUGACUGCGAUCAUUCAGCGGUUGUAUUCGCGCUGGUCGCUGUACCACACGCGCACCACAGACCUGAAGGACUUCAUCCGCGUGCACCGCCUUCCUCAGCAGCUCAAGCAGCGCAUGCUCGAGUACUUCCAGACCACCUGGUCCGUCAACAACGGCAUCGACUCCAACGAGCUCCUGAAGGACUUCCCCGAUGAGCUGCGCUCUGACAUCACCAUGCACCUGAACAAGGAGAUCCUGCAGCUGUCGCUGUUCGCCUCCGCCAGCAGGGGGUGCCUGCGCUCCCUCUCCCUGCACAUCAAGACCUCCUUCUGCGCCCCCGGGGAGUUCCUGCUGCGGCAGGGAGACGCGCUCCAGGCCUUCUUCUUCGUCUGCUCCGGCUCCAUGGAGGUGCUGAAGGACAGCAUGGUGCUGGCCAUCCUGGGGAAGGGAGACCUGAUCGGAGCGAACCUGGCGGUGGAGGAGCGUGUGAUAAAGACCAACGCAGACGUGAAAGCGCUGACGUACUGUGACCUGCAGUGUGUGGGGCUGCGGGGGCUCCACGAGGUGCUGGCCCUGUACCCCGAAUACGCCCACCGCUUCGCCCAGGACAUCCAGCAGGACCUGACCUACGACCUGCGGCAGGAGAGCCACGUGAGUCACCCCGCCACGCCCGCUUCUACUGCCUCUCUCUCUCUGCAGACAGGGGGAAAAGGGAACGGUCGCAUUAUCCCUCACGGCCAGUCCCUCAUGGAGGACAGAGAGGAAGAGGAAGAAGAGGAAGAGGAGGAAGAGGAGAUCGUGAAUUCCUUGGGCCACGAGGUUGCGGAUUUGGGUCGGGCGAUGAGGACGGUGGUUUCUCUGAUGGAGGGGCUCCUGUCUGCCCCCCCAACCCCGCUCUACUGCCCCGCCUGCCUCACAGACCCCGCCUCCAUCCGAAGCCCCUCCCCCUACCAGCAGCAGCGGGGGGGCGUGGCCCACUCAGACCCGCCCCCAGUCCCUCCGGUACGGUCUGGAGGCUCCGCCCCCGCAGGAUGUCCUGGUCACAGCCCCCCCCAGGGACCCACCCUGCUCCACAGGCCCCGCCCAAACCUCCUGCCCUACCCCUCCACCCCUCUCUGCUCCUUCCCCCAUCACACUCCCCCGCGGCCACCAUCAUCAUCAUCAUCAUCAUCGCCCGAAACAGAGCCCUGUGGGGGCCGCUCUCGAUCCCACAGCCUCCACACCAUGCCCCCACGACCCGCUACGAUCGCCCUGGGGCAGGGCCGGGGACUAGGGCCCGUGCAACCAAUCAGCUGCCUCCUGACAGGCCACGCCUACACAGCCCAGCGAUUGGACGACUGGCCAGGUCUGAACAGUGGACGGUUCUCCCUGAUGGAUGCUUGA